GAAUGUAUUCGGAUAGUAUACGGGACUAGUGCAGAAUUGUAUUCGUGAAAAUCGACUUGUUUAUUUAAUGUUUUUUACUAAAAGACAACGUUGAUUCGCGAACAUCUAGCUGUGAAUAGUUUCAAGAAACCUUAGCACACACGCAUGAUUUCUAAAAUAAUUCCAAUGAGGAAGUGCACGUGACCAUUUUAAUCCUUAACCAAGUCUUCGAGUCUCCUAUGGGUACUCUUACAUGUUUAAGAGACUGACGCCACUGUUGAUCGCAGGUUUGCACUAACCGUGGCCACUUCUAUAGCCGCCACCAUUCGUGGAUUUUUAGAGCAAAGGUAAAGCGCACCUCUAACAGACAUUUCUUUUUAUUUAGAAGGUGUGACAAAUCCGCAUGGCCUGCCGUCGCAGCCAGCAGCAGCACCAGCAGCUCAGCAAGCAGCAGGCAAGUUACAAUGGUCAAAACGUUUCAGGCCUAUUUACCACCACAGUGUCAUCGCACGUAUUCGUGCAUACAUUGUCGAGCUCAUUUAGCAAAUCACGAUGAACUUAUAUCUAAGUCGUUCCAAGGUAGUCAAGGUCGAGCUUAUCUAUUUAAUUCUGUUGUAAAUGUAGGAUGCGGUCCCGCUGAAGAACGAGUCCUUCUCACCGGACUUCAUGCAGUCGCCGAUAUUUAUUGCGAAUGCUGUAAAACCACCUUAGGUUGGAAAUAUGAACAUGCCUUCGAAUCCAGCCAAAAAUACAAGGAAGGCAAAUUCAUUAUUGAACUAGCUCAUAUGAUCAAAGAGAACGGUUGGGACUGACAAUACUGACCCUCAAAAGUGACUUAUUAAAAAUGUUCCUUAAAGUCAUUAAGGACAUAGAGACAAUGUCUUAUAGACUUAAAUUGAACAAUAAUUUCUGUUUUUUGGACUGGACCUAAGAGAUAAGUGUAUGACUUUUAAUAUAUGAUAGUUUAAAAAUUUGAAUCGAAACCAACAGUUGUGUGACCUAAUUUUCUCAUUAUUAGAAAAUGUGGUGAGAAGUAUAAGCAUUGGAUGUUGUGAAAAUUAUUGACUGUUGUAUGCUUAAUAGUAAGGCACUGUACUAGGUAACAGGAAGAUUCGAAUAAUGAUUUAUCAAUUAAGCUAUACCGUGUUCAUAUAUCAAAUAAUCAAGAAAGGUAUCUAUAAAUGUAUUAUUACUCUGUAUAGAUCAGGUAUUUUGUAUUUGUCAUACAUUGAUAAGUCGAAGAAAAUUCUCUUUUUCACAUUGCAUUGUUUUCAAAUUUAGUAACCCGACAAAUGAGACUGUUUCAAGUCAAAUGUUAAUAUUAGAAUUUCUAUCUCCACCACAGAAGUGAAAUAUAUUGUUUGUUUCCUAGUUCAAUUCAAUUUUUAUUAAUUAUUCAACAAUUUAGAGCAAUUGUACUGAAUACCUUUCUUUAUUUUGGUAUCAUCUAAACGGAUUGAAGAUGUAUUUUACUAUGAUAAUUCGAUAUUAAAUGACUUCUCAAGAACAGAAUAAUGCAUUUAAAAGUCAGCUUAUUGAAUGAAUAUUCAUUAUAUCUAUUUUAAUUGUUAAAUCUGAAAUAUCUAUAAAUCAUUUUCACUCCGAAUUAUCUUAAGUAAUAUUUAAGAAUUUUCCUGUAACUCAAUUUUCUCUUCACCUCCUAUCCACUUUAGGGAACAAUGUGCAAUCGUCAUUAUCGUAGAACUUGAAGCUCUUUACAAAGCAUUCUGUGUUAGCAAUGGAAACUGUAUCUGUGGUAAAGAAUCUGAGAUAAAAAAUGUAUAAAAAAUGUACGGAUAUGUAAAUGGAACAAUCUGUUUUCCGUAAGGAUUGGACAGUUGUAAAUAGAAAUUAGUUCGGCAAAACAUAUUUUUAGUAAGAUUCUAUAAAUUUUUAAACUUAAUUUCUCAUUGCAUUGUAUGUUGUAGAUUAUAAUGCCGAUAACAGUAUUUCAUUUCGAAUAAUAUUUAAGAAAAAAUAUAAUGAAGCGUUUUUCUGUCCAUUAAUAGCCCUAUAAGUGGUAAUGUUUUUUAAGAACAAUCUUGAGAAACAACACUGUUCAGAUUUCAGAAUUUUACAUAUUAUCACAUUAAAUUAAAAAGAACAUUAAACUUAACUUUAUCAGAGAAAUAUUAUAUUAAAAUUAAGUUUUUUGGAAAUGUCCAGGCACAAAUCAGCAUACUUUAUUUUCGAACUGAACUAAGAACAAAAUUAAAGAAUUCACUUUGGAAUUUAUACCAUUUAAAAAAAGGCAAUAUAAUUAUUUUGAAAUAUAUUUUACAAAAUUUUCAAAUGUUGAACAAGUGAUUGAUAUAAAUUCUAUCCUCAUUGUCUACUUUGGAAAUUUUAACAGGAUAAAGUAAAGAUCGUGGAAAUAAGCAACUUGAGAUUCUUGUACGCGGUGUGGCAUUUAAGUUUAUCAUUAAACAUAAGCAAAUAAAGUUUUAAUCAAAACUGUAUGAUAGACCUUCAUAUUAGUUUCUUUUCAUCUCUACACAAUAAUUCCAAUGAUGUGCAUACCAUUAAAAACAUCCUUGAUUAAUCCUUAACUCACUUAGAACCACGGUUACGGCUUUUUUGACUUCCUCUACAACGCCAUGAUGAAUUUCUUUGAGACGAGACGUCAUCUUGGACAAUAAAAAUAAUUAAAGGAGAAAAUAUCGGGAUUAUAAGUUGACUACAUUUGCACAAUAAAUAAUGAAUCAGUAGGUGUAUUGUUAUAUAUUACGGUAAAUGUACACUCUUGGGAAAUAUACACUUUUACCGUAAAAUAUGUACAUUUCCCGUUAUGUUAAAUGUAUACUCUUACCUAUAUGUUUUAAGAAAAGUUGGAAUACAAAUAAAUUAAAAAAGUUGUUGCAGUAAAAAAAUAUUUAUUUAAUAAAUAAACAUAAUACAAAAGGCUUUAAUAACGAAAAUUAUUUUAUUAAAAAAUAUAAAUGCCAAACAAAACACACUUUUCUUUGCAUAUUAUAUAAUAUUUUGUAGGUUAUGAUCCCAAUAUUUCUAAAUAUAAUUUUCGUCCUAGUUUCUCAGGACCAAUAUGAUGGUAAUCAAACAAAUAAUAAUAAUAACUUACUUUUCUUUGUUAUAACAAUUAAAUUUUAUAAAACUAUAGAGGGACAUAUAAAAAUUUCAUAAUGAAAAAAGUUAUAAAAGUUUUAUUCAUUUGAGCAAGAAUUGCUAUUGUGGCACUUGGAAUUACAUAAUAUUCCAGCAUUUUUACAACUUCAUUUUUUUGAGGAUCAUGUUUCUUUACAGAUGCAUCUUUUAAAACCUUGUCCACCAGUAAGGAUCUGCAUUCCUAUAAUUUCUCUUACCGAUUUCUCAACAUCUUGAGGAACAUCUUCGAAUGAUAUAAACUUUUGUUCGCAAAUAGCAAAUUUAUGCCUAGAAUAAGAUUGUUUUAAAAAAAAAUUAUCGCCUCUCUUGUCAAAAACAACGCAAAUCAAAUUUUUUGGAUCCGUCUUACCACGAUCAACGUCCGGAAUGGAAACUCUAACAUUGUCACCACUCACAGCAGCAGGAACUUUGGAUGCUAACAUUUACCAAAACGACAAGGUCAAUUGUGAAUUCAAUGUACAUUUCCCUUAUUUGAAAUUGUAAAUGUUAGUUGAAUAUACAUUACCCAAACGAGGAGGCAAAUGUGCACAUUUACCGGAAAAUAUGUACAUUUGCCGCAAUAUCUACUUUUACCGUAACAUAUAUAUAAAACGCGUGCCGUUGGCAACACCAGGAUGAUGACAUAGAAGAUUUCAGUCACUGUUAGUUGACAAAAAUAAUGCUUAAUUACAUGUUCUCACCAAAUUUGCUCCGAAAACGGUACUACAAAUCCUUGUAGAUCGUUUAUUGCAUUUGGUUUUGUUUAUGUAGGAGAACUGUUGACAUCAUCUUGACGCAAAUCUUUUGCAUGUUUAAAUCUUCUUGUAACAUCUUAUGUACAGUUUCUACAAUACAAUCAGACAACGCCUGAUUGAUUAGGCAUCGGUUAGACGUGAUCUGCUUUCGCAAACGAUCGUGUCGAUACGAAUAGUAACGGAAGCUCCUUCAUGUGCAUUGUAUUCUACAAAAAUUCCAUAAGCUACAAACUAAACGAGCUAUCAACUAAAGGCUUGAUGUAUAACUAAAAGAGAAGGCUCUUUUGCUAUGAAGAUGUGAACCUUCUCUCUUCAGUGGGAUUCGUAUUCAAACUUUAAAUAGUUUCCAAUGUACUAGCGCUCCAGUAAUUUGUGGAUUUUAGAUUUUUCCGAUUAAAUAAUGUCUUCAAUAUUGUAUGUAACUUAAAAGUUUUACAGCCCUCUACAAAAAAUAUUUCCUGCUUAAAAUCCAGUAUAUUUAUAGGAAUUACUGGUGUCUUCAGCUACAUAUAUUAAUUUAGUAUUGCAAUUAUUUACAUAAAAAAUUUUAAAACAUGUAUUUCUUAAUUUUAUGAAAUGGCAAUUUUUGACAAUCUACAAGAAUACUUAAAUUUUCGCUCUGUAUAAAGUCUUAAGUAUCUUGUGUAGGUGAUACGAAAAGUUUAUUGUACAUGUGCGUAAAGUGGAUAUUCUAUACGAGUGUGACAAAAUGAUAUACCACGAGCCGAACUAGUUGCGCAAUAAACUACUAUUGCUAUAGAAUUUAAACAAAUAAUUCAAUAUUGCCGAAUUUCUUUCUAUUAAAAAUCCACAGAUUGUUCUAUAAGUGCUACAGCACAAGUCAAAUUAGACUUUCUGGCGUCGACAAAUCGUUUAAUGUCGUUCGUCUAUCAAAAAAAAAAAAAAAUAAAGAACUGACAGUGUGUAUAUUGUCACAUAUUUAUUUUUACUGAAUGUAUCAUUGGUUUUCGAGUUAAAAGGUUCAAUGAUGCGAUAUGACUCGACCAACACCUUUAGGGUUAUUUUUUUGUGGAUAUGAUCUCAUCAAAUUCUUGACUGUAUAUUUGGUCUAAAAGUCGAUAUCAGAGUACACAAUUAAAUUUGAUUGAUUGCUUUAAUUGCUGGCAUAAAAUAUUGUUACUUAUCUUAUUUUUAUUAUAUGGUUUGCUAAUAUUAUACCAAUGGGAUCAGAUUUGAUACGUAGUAGUGUAUAGGGAAUGUACAAUUCAUUUGCAAUGAAUAGUUGUGUCAUAAUCUGUUGUCACUAAUUAGAGUUAUCUUGAUGUUAAGUCAAAGGUUGAAAUAGAUAUUCAAAAAUUAGGCUACAGUUGUUCCUGGUUUUCAAAAACGUUUUAAUUUACCAUAAAAAUUUUAUAUACAUAAUUAACAAAAAGGUCAUUUUUGUUACUGAUUUAAAUAUAUUUUACUUAGUUUUUGUAUGUAGAUCUAGAUGUUGCUGAAUAUUUAUCUUCUAAUAAAUUCACAGAAUGACCCCAAUAUUGAUUUAACAUCAUUUGUCUAUAUGAAAAAAGUAAGAGUUAAGAAUUUCAUUGAUGCAUAUACAGUAGAAGCUCUUUAUUCGCAGGGUAUAUGUUCCAAAAAUAUGCAGCGAAUACAGAAAUCGUGAAUACGAAAUUGUAAUUUGUAUGGGAUUAUGGGGGGAUACGUUCCAAGACAAAAUAAAUAAAUAAAUACAUAAAAAACAAAUAUAUAAAAAAAUCAAUUUUAUCUAAGUUUUUGAACAUUUUGUUCAAUUAUCUUUAGGCUUAGGCAACGGUUUGAAGAAUUUUGUAAUUUUCUCUUUCUUGGCAGUUUUUAAAAGCUCCUUCAAUUCAGACUGAUACGGAGCAGACGCAUUAGAAAUUUGCCUCUUAAAAAUAAAGCCGUUCCAUAGACGGAUCAAUGUUCAUAAAGAAAUUGCAAAGCUCAUUUGCCAUUCUUAAACCUUCACUAAGAUUUUUCAAAUUAAAUGUCACGUUUCCAGUUCUUGUUGAAGCCUCUUCGUCAAUGGGCUGUGAAUUUAACAUUUUCUCCAAGUCGGUUUCAGUCAAAUCUUCUUCUUCCGAUUCAAGCAAUUCCUGAAUGUCAUUUGAUUCUAUCUGCUCGAACCCAUCUCGUCCUAUUCCAUUUGCGAUUUCGGCUAUGUUUGCAGUCAUAGUUUGAACUUGCACAGAUUCUUCAUCACUUUCCGCAGUCAGAGCAGGCCACAGUUUUUUCCAGCAUGACUUCAAUGUGUGUGGCUUCAGUUCUUCCAAUGAUUCUUUUAUGAUAACUAUGUCAAAUUUCUUCCAGCAUUCCAUAACAUUCAUAUCAGGAUUACAUUCCAUAUUAUCCAAUAUGAUUCAGA